AAUAGCAAGCCUUUCCAAAUCAACAUGAGUCACGUGACCCCAUUGUUUAUCAUUUGCUACUUCAUCUACACAACUUUCACCACCACCAUAUUAUCUCUCCUCCUCGGCUUCCGCCUCCUCCGCCGCCGCCUUUCCUCCUCCAGCGCCGCCGCCGACGAGAACGUCGGAAAUAUCAUCGCACUCUAUGAAGGCACUCUCCACCACGAGCGGCGCAACCCGGUCCGCAACUCCUUCCGGUUCUCCACCCGCUACGCUCUCAUCGAUCUCGACCGCCCGCCCCACGCGCCGCCGACCUACCUCUCCGCCGACGAAGCUCGUCGGACUGCCAAGACAAAUGGACCCGUAUUUCUUCUGACUACGCUUCCAAGUUUGGGAUAUCGAAGCACUCCAGUGAGCUAUUACUACUGCUAUGACAUCGAAGGCUCCAACAAAAUUUUCAAGAAAUGUAUUAUUGAGGGCACUAAUACACCAUGGGCUGAAAGCGUGACAUUUGUGUUCGAACCGAGCUCCGAUUCAGUCCCAAAAUGUGAAUAUAUAAGCCCUUUCUCGGAUAUGCUUGGACAUUGGAGGCUUAAAGUGAGUGAACCAGGCGAGGAUUUAUAUGCAUAUAUAUCGGUUGAACAUCCAUAUUUUGGCAAUAAUUAUUUUAUUGCGACUUUGAAAGCUAAGAAAGUCGAAAUGUCCUCUACAACGCCGGAUGAUCUUGAAGCAUUCUUUUGGUUGCAACCCCAUAAAGGUUCACUUAUUUCGUAUUGGAAUGGCGUGAAGCUUUGGUGGAGAAAUGCUCAUUUCUAUGAACAUCCAAGAAAAGAGAAUCCAAGCUAUAGGGAAGAAGCUUUAAAACGAAAUGAAAAGAAGAUUCAAAUGUGCCCUGCAUUUGGAGGCAACGACGUCGUUCGUCGUGAAGGAAUGGUUGAUCGGUGCUUCAUGUGGAAAGAUGCUCCAUGGCCAUGGUCAUACCUAACUCUACCCAAAUCAUCAUCUAAUUAACAUAAAAAUAAAAAACUUGUAGAAGCCUUAGAUGAAGAUAUUUAGCUAUGUUACAAUCAUCGAGUCUCGUAAAACUAAAAGUUUCAAAUAUCAAAACUAGAACUUGUGGAGUCCGAGAUGAUCAUGUGUGUGUGAGAAUAUGCAUAAAGUAUUAUAUAUGUUUAAGGAGGUUUUAAUGAGACUCGGCCCUUAGUCUGCUUCCUGUGCUUUCAAGGGUUUUUUAGAUACUUUUUUCUCUUUCUUUUUUUAUAUAUAUAAUCCCAUUUUAAUAA